UCGGGGAUGGACCUCCCGGGAAGGGGCGGAGCCUCAGCCGUGGCGCCAAAGUGCAAACAUGGCGCCGGAGAAAGUGCGGAGCCGGGCGCUCUCCGCCUUCAAGCUGCGCGGUUUGCUGCUCCGGAGUGAAGCCAUUAAGUACCUCACUGAAGCUCUUCAGUCUGUCAAUGAAGUGGAGUUGGAAGAUGCCCUGGACAAGAUCAUCGAUGCUGUUGAAAAGCAGCCAUUGUCGUCCAACAUGAUUGAGCGGUCUGUGGUGGAAGCGGCCGUCCUGGAGUGCAGUCAGUCGGUGGAUGAAACUAUAGAACAUAUUUUCAAUAUCAUAGGAGCAUUUGACAUCCCACGCUUUGUGUACAAUGCUGAAAGAAAAAAGUUUCUCCCUCUGUUAAUGACCAACCAUCCUGCACCAAAUUUGUUUGGAACAGCAAGAGAUAAAGCAGAGCUGUUUCGUGAACGAUACAUAACUUUGCACCAGCGGACUCAUAGGCAUGAAUUAUUUACUCCUCCGGUGAUAGGUUCUCAGCCCGAUGAGAGCGGAAGCAAAUUCCAGCUUAAAACAAUAGAAACCUUAUUGGGUAGUACCUCCAAGAUCGGAGAGGUGAUUGUUCUUGGAAUGAUAACACAGUUAAAAGAGGGAAAAUUUUUUCUAGAAGAUCCUACUGGAACAGUACAACUAGAUCUUACUAAGGCUCAGUUCCACAGUGGUCUCUACACAGAGACAUGCUUUGUCUUAGCAGAAGGUUGGUUUGAAGAUCAAGUAUUUCAUGUCAAUGCCUUUGGGUUUCCACCCAUUGAGCCCUCUAGUACCACCAGGGCAUACUAUGGAAAUAUCAAUUUUUUUGGAGGACCUUCUAGUACAUCAGUGAAGACUUCUGCAAAACUGAAACAACUAGAAGAGGAGAAUAAAGAUGCCAUGUUUGUGUUCAUCUCUGAUGUUUGGUUGGACCAAGUAGAAGUACUGGAAAAGCUUCACACAAUGUUCUCUGGUUAUUCACCAGCACCUCCAACCUGUUUUAUUCUGUGUGGUAAUUUUUCAUCUGCACCAUAUGGAAAAAAUCAAGUUCAAGCUUUAAAAGAUGCUCUAAAAACUUUGGCAGACAUAAUAUGUGAAUACCCAAAUAUUCACCAAAGUAGUCGUUUUGUGUUUGUACCUGGUCCAGAGGACCCUGGAUUUGGUUCCAUCUUACCAAGGCCACCACUUGCUGAAAGCAUCACUAAUGAGUUCAGACAGAGGGUACCAUUUUCAGUUUUUACUACUAAUCCUUGCAGAAUUCAGUAUUGUACACAGGAAAUCAUUGUCUUUCGUGAAGACUUGGUGAAUAAGAUGUGCAGGAAUUGUGUCCGUUUUCCUAGCAGCAAUCUGGACAUCCCCAGUCAUUUUGUAAAGACUGUGUUAUCCCAGGGACAUCUGACUCCUCUACCUCUUUACGUCAGCCCAGUGUACUGGGCCUAUGAUUACACCCUGAGAGUGUACCCUGUGCCUGAUCUACUCGUCAUUGCAGACAAAUACGAUCCUUUCACUGUGACCAACACUGGAUGCCUCUGCAUAAACCCUGGAUCUUUUCCAAGAAGUGGAUUUUCAUUCAAAGUUUUUUACCCUUCCAGUAAAACAGCAGAAGACAGCAAGCUUCAAGGCUUUUGAGAUUCUUAAAGCCCAUCUGAAGAAACAGAAUUCAACAUGUUCUACUUGAUGGAAUUUUU